AUGCAACCCAUCCUGCGGCAGCAGCGCCCUUUGCUGCGCCCUGAGCCCGAGCCUCUGGGGGCCCCCUCUAGAGCCCCUCUAAGGGCCCCCACGGGGGGCCCCAUGAGAGGCCCCGCGGGCCUGGGGGCCCCCACCGGGGUGGGGGCCCCCGCAGCACUGGGGGCCCCCACAGAUGGGGGGCCCCCUAGGGGGGCCCCUUCAAGGGCAUCAAUAAGAAGUCGUUUCUCUCUUUGCUGCGGCGGAGGAAGAGAGCCAACGCCGGAGGCAGCAAGUGCUGCUGCUGCUGCUGCUGCUGCGCCUAUGCCCGGCAUUCGUAAGCUUUACUGUGUCCCAUACAGCAGGCAAGACCCUGCUGCAGCAGCAGCGGCUGCUGCAGCAGCAGCUGCUGCUGCUGCUGCAAAAGAGGGAGGAGCCCUCCAUGCUGCUAAGAUUGACGCGACUCUUUCAAAAGCCUUAUUUAGGGCGGAGCAGCUGGACAGACACCAGAAAAAGUGGGGCCUGCAGCUGCUGCUGUGGCUGCCACAUCUGCUGUUGCUGCUGCUGCUGCUGCUGCUGCUGUUGUUGCUGUUAGAGUCGGAGCUGCAAGCAGCAAGAGCUGAAGCUGCGUGUCUGAAGGAAGCAGCAGCAGGGAGCCGCAGCAAGCAGCAGCAGCUGCAGCAGCAGCUGGAGUUUAAGGCAGCAGAGCAGGCAGAAGUCCUCUCCAUUCUGCAGGCUGCGUGGCAGCAGGCAGAGGCAGCAGCAGCAGCAGCAUCUCGGGAGCUUUCGAGCAGCAAGUGCAGCAGCAGCAACGGAAGCAGCAACAUCAAGAGCAGCAGCAGGAACAGCAGCAGUGCCAGGAGCAACGACAGCAGAAGCGCCACCGCAGCGCCUGCACCAGAUGCACACAACAACAGCAACACCGCCAGCAGCAGCAGCAGCAGCAGCAGCAGCAGCAGCAGCAGCAGCAGCAGCAGCAGCGAGAACGUGCAGCAGCACGCGCUGCGCGUGGCGCGUGGGGUGUCUGUACUGCAGAGCCUUCUUGGCGAGCUGCGGCGGCGGCUGCUUGAGGCUGAGGCUGCCUGCGAGCAGCAGCAGCAGCAGCAGCAGCGGCUGCAGCAGCAGGUGCAGCAGCAGCAGCAGCAGCUGGAGGAGAAAGACAAGGAGCUGCUGCAGGAAAGAGACACCUCCGCACGGCUGCGCAGGCAGUGCAGCGCAGCAGCAGCAAAAACGAAGCAGCUAGCUGCUGCUUCUAAGGAGUAUCACAGAGCAGCACUAGAUCUUGGAUUGAAGACUAGCACUCCGCAGAAGCUGUGGGGCGCAGCAGCAGCAACAAAGGCAGCAGCAGCAACAGCCGCUGCUGCUGCUGCUGCGGCUGCUGCUGCUGCAGCCGCGGGCACGGCAAAGCCGGCUGCCAACACGCCAGAUACUGCUGCUGCUGCUGCUGCUGCUGCUGCUGAGCUCAACGCCCCUAUUCACCUGCCGCUGCUGCUAAGCAGCAGCAGCGUCACACAAGCAGCAGCAGCAGCAAUAGCUUCGGAGGCCACGAGGCUUUUCAGUGCCGCACAGCAGCGACAGCAGCAGCAGCAGCAACAGCAACAGCAACAGCAACAGCAACAGCAACAGCAACAGCAGCAGCAGCAGCAGCAGCAGCCAGUAGGCUGCCAGGGUCCAUCAGUGCUGGCGCCUGACGCUUUAGACACAUAUCAGCAGCAGCAGCAGCCACAGCAGCAGCCACAGCAGCAGCAGCAGCAGCAGCAGCAGCACGGGUACCCACAUCAGAUGGCAAUGCUGCUAGGACCGCGAGUUGAGGACUCCGCUGAGAAGCAGCAGCAGCAGCAGCAGCAGCAGCACGGCAGUGGUUUGGAGAGCUCACAGAGCUUUGCAACAACUGCAACAGAACCAACAACUGCUGCUGCUGCCUCUGCAGCAGCAGCAGCAGCAGCAGCAGCAGCACAAAAGGCAAACAACCCACUUCAAGAAGCCCAGGAACAGCCAGCAGCUGUGCGCAGAGCGUCGUCUGCAUGCAACACACAACAGCAGCAGCAGCAGCAGCAGCAGCAGCAACACUGCUGCGGGCAAGUGUGCAGCGGAGAGGGGUACAGCAGCAGUUGCUGCUGCAUGUGGGGCGCUGCUGCUUCUCCUCGCAGCUGCUGCUGCGCUGCCGUCCCACGCUGUCCUUGCUGCAGGGAUGCUGCAGCAGCAGCUACAGAGUCUUCGUCAUCAGCAGCAGCUGCAGCUGCAGCAGCAGCCGCUGCUGCUGCUGCUGCUGCUGCUGCUGAUUCUGGAGUGUGCUGCUGCAGCGUCACCUCUGAUGAGACCAGCUCAAGACACAGCAGCCUGCGGACAGACCUGAAGCAGCUGAGGAAACUGCUGCUGCAGGACCCCAACCGUCCUGCUGCUGCUGCUGCUGCUGCUGCUUCUGCUGCUGCUGCUAGUAGCACCAGAAGAGACACAAGGACAGCAUCUGGCUGCUGCACCCGCUGCAGGGGCUCUGGGGAGGGGCUUCGUGCUCAGCAGCACCAGCUGCUGCUCCUGCAGCACGAGCAGCACCAGCUGCUGCAGCAGCAGCAGCAGAAGCUGCUGCAGCAGCAACAGCUGCAACAGACUCCAGCAGCUUGCUGCUUGAGGCCGAGCACAGCUUCCUUGUCCGCUUGCUGCUCGCGCCACCGAAGAAACAGCAGUCCGCUUGCUGCAGCAGCAAAAGCACCCGCUGCUGCUGCUGCUGCUGCUGCUGCUGCUGCUGCUGCUGCAGAACGCAGUGGCAAGCACCUCAGGAAGCAGGUGCUGCUGCUGCCUCGCCUCGAGCCUGCUGCUGCUGCCCAAAGGGUUGGUUCCCAGCAAAGCACAGCAGCAGCAGCAGCAGCAACAGCAGCAGCACCAGCAGCAAAGCCAAUGCUGCACUCAAGGGCCUACAGCGCUGGCCCCCAGCUGCUGUCCUCAGCAUAUCGGUCUCGUGCUGCUGCUGCUGCUGACAGCCUCAGCAGCGCAGCAGCAGCAAGCAGCUCCACCCGCGAAGCAGCAAGACAGCUGCUGCAGCAGCAGCAGCAGCAGCAGAGGCAGCCCGCGCUGCACCACCACAAAAGUGAAAUUCUUGGAAAGAGAAUUUGGAUUGUGAAGGAGCAGCAGCUGCAGCAGCGGGACCCUCCAGCAGCUGCAGCACGCGCAGUAGCAGCAGCAGCAGCAGCACGUGCAGCAGCAGCAGCAGCACGAAGCAGCUCUUCUCAGUUAGUGGUACUGUCUCCCCGGAAGGCUCACGAGCAGCACAGUGGCUCCGCCGUGACAUCCCAGGGAGAAGCAGCAGCAGCAGCACGACCAGCAGCAGCAGCAGCAGCAGCAGCAGCAGCAGCACGGGCUGCUGCAGCGAGAGCGGAGACUGCAGCAGGAAGAUACGCGUCUCCUACUCUCUCUUUUCUAACUCCCCGCAGCAGAGCGGGACGCAGGUGCAGCAGCAGCAGCUUUAGCAACUGCAGCAGCAGCAAUGACGGAGCAGGGCCAGCAGCAGCAGCAGCAGCAGCAAGGCUGCUGCUGCAGCGCAACCGCAAGGGAGAAGCACGUCCUCUAUCUCCUUACAGCAGCGGCAGCCUUGAAGUGUCUCUCUCUCUCGAGUCCCCUUCUGCUGCUGCUGCUGCUGCUGAUGCUGCUGCUGCUGCUGCUGCUGCAGACCCUUCUCUCAGCCCAACUGCAGCAGCUGCUGCUUUAGCUGAGAUGCGGCUGAGAGCUUUAAGGGCGAGAAAGUUGGAAGCAGCAGCAGCAGCUGCUGCUGCUGCUGCUGCUGCUGCGCGGCAGGACCAGCUCUCCUCGUUUGCUGCUAGUCCGGUGUACAGACGCCUCAGCAGCAGCAGCAGCGCUGCAGAGUGGAGAGAGCGAAGUCCUUGGGGCUCAGCAGCAGCAGAGGCAGCAGAAGCAGCAGCAGCAGCAGCAGCAGCUGCUGCUGCUGAUACUGGAUCUCCCAGAGACAGCAGCUGCUGCUACAGCAGAGGAGUCGCGGGGUUCUGUGGCUGCCUCUCAAGGCGCAGCAGCAGCAGCAGCAGCAGCAGCUGUCUCUUUCCUGCAGCGGGAAAGUCAUCUCUUGCUGCUGCUGCUGCUGCUGCCCGCAGCAGCGGCACAGAUUUGCUGCUGCCCACUCCCAGGCUAUCUCCGUAA